AUUACAUGUCACAACAUAUGACAAGCUACAUUCAAAGUUUGAGUGUAAUCUUCAGCUUAUCAUAUGCUUUCACAACAUUACAAUUCAACACACUCAAUAGAGAAACACACAUAAACUCAAUACAUUUAAUCAAAAAUAAUACAAAAUAACUGGCCACAUACACUAAUCCAAAACCGCCAUGAAACAUUCCUAACCCAACCCAAUUAUUAUUUGAUUUAACAAACGCCAAAAAAAAAUUUAGACAAGUUACACGCAAUGACAUGAAAAUCUACACAGGAAAAUGAGUACAACAGGAAACAACCUAUCAAGUAAAGGAGAAGGUGGCAUGGACUCCAAUCAUUCAUCCGUCAACUCGUUCGAGUCAGCCCUUGACUCAACUUUGCAACCAACGGAAUCAGCAAGUCGACCUCCAAGACUCGCCGAGUCACCUCGAGUCAACUCGUUCGAGUCAGCCCUUGACUCAAUCUUGCAACCAACUAAGUCAGCGAGUCAACACGAGUCACAAACUUCGAGACUCGCCGAAUCACCUCGAGUCAAUUCGUUUGAGUCAGCAAUCAACUCUUCUUUGCAACCAACUCAAUCAGCAAUUCGGACUCCAAGACUCGCCGAGUCAUCGCGAGUCAAUUCGUUCGAGUCAGCACUUGACUCGCCUCUGCAACCGACCGAGUCAGCGAGUCAACACGAGUCACAGACUCGGCGACUCUCUGAGUCACUCAGAGUCAUCUACGAGCAGUUUGGCGGUUUCAUGAAGUGGAUAAGAGGCGUACAGAACGGCGAGAGUCUACCUUAUAACUAUCAAAGAGCUCUAGAAGAAAGCAUCAACAUGGAAAUAAAAGAGCUGGAAUUUCUGUACAACGAAAUGAGAGCAACACUCAACAAUGUGGAAUGUCUAAGAAGCCAAAGAAAAGCUAUCAGAAAGGAAAUGAACUCAGUUGAAAAGCUCAUCAGAAAAAUCGAAUAUGAAGAAACCCAAGAACUGGAGAAAGCAGUGAUAGCCCAUGACAAGGACAUGUUUUCCAAAUGGGAAAGCGUGAAAACAUCCACUGACCUAACAGCGAUUGAAAAUUUAUUGGAAGAAGCUGAAGGAAAACAUCAAGCCAUGACAAACCUCCAGCAGUUAUUGACUCGCAAACUGAACGACCUCACUCUCCUACCUCCCCCCUCUACUCCUCCCUCGACCACCACCGUCACUCAACCGGGUCCCAACCGCUUGGCCGACUCGCGAAUCGCCAAACCGCGGCUCAUGCGAAAACUGGACGCGCGAAAAUCGCGACUGAGACUGACGCGUUUGCGUGGCGGCAACACGGAUGACGUCAUCACGAUACGUGAUUCGCUGGAGGCCGUCGACCAAUCAGAGACGAGCGCUGACAUCAGGAUGGCACUGAAUACAUUGUUUGGCGCCAGGGCUACCAACAGCACCAAUAAUGCCAGUGGUACCAACAGUACUAACAAAACGAACACACCUGAUCUACAGUCCAGCGAUAUACACCUAGUUUUGACGCCGAUUUUGAACGAUUUUUCAACAGGAAAUGGAGGAAAAUUAUAGAUUUUAAAUGAUUUUUCAACAGGAAAUAAUACCAUUAGUACCAACAGUAAUACAGGAGCUAACAAAACGAACACACCUGAUCUACAGUCGAGUGAUAUACAUCUGGUUUUGAUGCCGAUUUUGAAUGAUUUUUCAACAGGAAAUGAACGAAAAUAAUAGAUUUUUCAUCAGAAAAUGAUGCAAAAUCAUAGGGGUAACAUGGAACAUCAAUAGUACCAAUAAUACAUUUUUGGUACCAACAGUAAUACAGGAGCUAACAGAACGAACACACCUUAUAUCCAGUCCAGAGAUAUACACCUGGUUUUGACACCGUUUUUGGAUGAUGUUUCAUCAGGAAAUGAUUCAAAACCAAAGGGUUUACAUGGAACAUAAUGUACACUACAUAAUAAAAUGCUUUGAAAUCUUCUUCUACCAAUGUUCAUCGUAGCUCUACUAUAUAUUUGAGUAGAAUAUGUUUGGGGCCCAUUUAAUAAAUAGCCAAUAGCCUUAGCCAAUAGUUGAAUAUAAUAAUUUGGAGUUUUAACGUGGCUUGAGACACCUAAAUAAAUCUUUAAAAAACAAAAUUUUAGUGAUAUUAAUAAUAAUCUAUUAGCUUGUCUUGUUAUUUUUUAUAAAAUAAAAUGUAGAAGUCAUUCUAUUCA